GGCGGAGCCUGCGCCGCCCCGCCGCCGGGCUGGCGGAGAGCAGUAGUACGGUCCGCGCUGCGCUGGGCUCUGGCGGAGCCGGUGCGCCUGUCAGUGUCACCAUCAGCACCCGCAGCCGCUCGCAGCCAUGAGACAGGCUCUGCUCGAGCUCAGGAUGAGCAGGAUCUGCCGGAUGGUGCUCGCCACUUGCCUGGGGUCUUUCAUCCUCGUCAUCUUCUACUUCCAAAGUAUGUUCCACCCAGUCAUGCGCAGGAACCCCUUCGCCCCAGACGUGUGCUGUAGGAAAGGCUCGAGGAACGCCCUGCAGGAGCUCUACAACCCCACACAGCUGGAGUUCUCCGGCACCGCGGUUCUGCACCAGAUGCGGCGGGACCAAGUGGCGGAGACCUGCCGGGCCUACAGCGCCGCCAGCCGCAAGCGGCGCGUCUUGACGCCCAGCGACCUCAAGCACAUGGUGGUGGAUGAGGACCAUGAGAUGAUCUACUGCUACGUGCCCAAGGUGGCCUGUACCAACUGGAAGCGGGUGAUGAUGGUGCUGACAGGGCGCGGCAAAUACAGCGACCCCAUGGACAUCCCUUCCAACGAGGCCCACGUGCCGUCCAACCUCAAAACGCUGAACCAGUACAGCAUCCCGGAGAUCAACCACCGCCUGAAGAGCUACCUCAAGUUCCUCUUCGUGCGGGAGCCCUUCGAGAGGCUGGUGUCUGCCUACCGCAACAAGUUCACCCUCAAGUACAACACCUCCUUCCACAAGCGCUUCGGCACCAAGAUCAUACGGCGGCACCGCAAGAACGCGACGCAGGAGGCCCUGCACAACGGCAGUGACGUCAAGUUCCAGGAGUUCGUGGGCUACCUGGUGGAUCCCACCACGCAGAAGGAGGGGCCCCUGAACGAGCACUGGCAGACGGUCUACUCCCUCUGCCACCCGUGCCACAUCCACUACGACCUGGUGGGCAAGUACGAGACCCUGGAAGAGGACUCCAACUACAUCCUCCGGCUGGCCGGGGUGAGCGACUACCUUCGGUUCCCGACCUACGCCAAGUCCACCCGGACUACCGACGAAAUGACAGCCGAGUUCUUCCAGAACAUCAGCUCCCGCCACCAGGCGCAGCUCUACGAACUCUACAAGCUCGACUUCCUCAUGUUCAACUACUCCACACCGAGCUACCUGAAGAUGGACUGAGAACGGGCGGUACUUGAGAGUCGCAAGCUGUCAUCGACGCAGGGGUUCAAUCACAGAGUCCUGAGACCUGCGGGAGCGUCUGGGCUCUGGUUUGGUAUCAUUAGUUCCAGGGUGGCUACAGCAUUUCCCUAAAAGUUUUACUCAUGAGUGGUCGGGGGGAGAAGUUUUACUUUAUAUCUGCUUGUUCAAGGAUGUUCACAGUGGGGGUGGUCACCUUCUCUCUGAAAUUCAGGACGCUAGGACAGGUCCUUCCUGAAGCCCCCUCCCGAAAAAACAGGACAACUGCUGGUUUACAGGAAUUUGACUCGUGUUUUGCUCCAGAGAGAAAACUACAGCUCAGCUGUACUACAGGUUUUCUCCGUGACUUCCAAACCUUCUGGAGACUCGGGCGGCCACUGCAGUGUGCGUAGCCCCAGACGUCCCGUGAUAAAGUGUGUUAGGUGUCAAUUAAUAAUAAUUUCAUGGUCCACCUCUUUGUAUGUUCCUGCUCCAAAUGUCUUCUGCUUAGUUCACUAUCGACCCAUUAGAGAGCAUGACGCAGGGUUAAUGGUGAGUAACAGCACACUGCUAUAAAGUGAAUCGUUUCGCCUCCAAAAAUCUAUAGAUUCAGCAGACCACCGAAAACAAAAGCACCUUAUUCCUAAAAUUAUGGUAUUUUAUUGUUAUUUAUUUGCUCAGCACAAGCAUUUUCCCAGGGCAUCUUACAAGAAAAAACAAAUGUAAAAUUGUGUAAAUACGACAGAAAAGCAAAAGGAAAUAGGAUUGAUGAAGCCAGCGCAAAGCUGGAAGAGGAAUGCAAGCGCUGGUCAAACCAAACGAAAGGACAACUAAGACAUAUCAGGGCAGGUUGUUUUCGACCUGAGGUGAUUGGAAACGGGCACAAGAGAGCAGCUCAGGGCGAGGGUGUGAGCACUCUCCCCUCCUGAGGGUCCGGUCCGCUGGACAGGGGAUGGACCGAGGGGCCGGUUCAUCUGAAAAGGGCUGAGCACCUAGAAUUCGAACCCCUGCCUUCAUGACGAGGCAAUGUCUUUCUCUUUGUAACUUAAUGAUUUUUGUUUGUUUGUUUUGGUUUUUUUUUAGAAGUUGCUGCGAGCAGCAAAACAAAAGAUUAUUUAAAUGACUUUGUGAAAAAGAGAAGUCUCCAGGCAGUCGGAAGCAGAGUUUUUUUAAAUAAAAGUCUAACUGUCAGUAAUAUUAUUAUUGUUGUUUGUAUCUGGUUUGCGCUGUUUCUCUUGUUUUCUUUUUUACACUUUCCAUAAUGGAUGGUCUGUAAAUAGGAUGUAAUUGUCUGUGGGAGAGUGGGGUCGCGUCUCUGAGAGCUGUCUUACCCCUGGGUGAGCUGGGCAUGAGUAGGUCUGUGUGUCUGUUACUCUGUGGCAUCAGCUCCCUGUGUCUCUAUCGACAGCUCAUCUACCCCUAUCUCUUACGCACUGCUUCACUCUGGAAGCCACGAAGGCCUCUUGUCUGUGCAGGUUAAAAUCCCCAUGAUUACAAGACUGCUCUUGUUUUACAAAUCUGCACCUCAUUUACUUGUAGCCCAAGAUAAAUAUACAAACUGGCUUCUGCUCAAAUUUGCAGUACUGUGAAUGCAUUCUGCAGUCUGCUGUACUUCAGGUGAUAUCAUAUAAUAUACUGCAGCAGGCCUGAUAUUCAAAGGGAAUUAAGACAUUUUUGGUUCUAUUCAGGCUGGAGUUUCUUGUAGAGGAACCUCAAUCAGCUGUUUCUGUUUGAAACUCAAGAGCUGUGAAAUUUCCAUUUGUCUUGCGCAUCAGGUGCUAGUUAGAACUACUACUACAGCAGCUCACACAAAGGAAGUUAUCAACUUUAAUUCAUACAAUUCUGCCACGAUAAAACUUGCCUUGCAAUCGGCCAAUAAAUGAGCUUAAAGUACUUUAGUACUUGCAGGUGAUAAAACUGUUCUGACAUUUCAUCUGGGAGAAAAUAGAGUCCAGAUGACUUCACAGCCAGAGGAGGACGCAGGUAGUGGAAAAAGUAAUGGGAAAACCAAUGAGAAGUGUCGUGUCACCACGUCUAUAGACAACACCAGUGUCGUGCUCAUCAAACCGCUGGGCAACCAUGUGUGCUCUGUGGAUGGGGGUGUGUCAUCCUGGAAGACACCCCUCCCAGCAGGAAGGAAAUGCUGCAACAUGGGGUGAAGAUGGACCAUUAAGUUGUGAUUAGCAUUGAGAAUUUACCUUGCCAUCUAAGGGAAUGAGUGAACCCAGUGAACUCAUUAGACAAGUGAGCCCCACAGCAUUACAGAACCACCAGAACCCCUCACUGUAGGAACCCAGCGCUCAAGGCUGAAGGGAUCUUCAGGUUGUGCCACAUGUGCAUUAGUCUAUUUUGGCGAGAACAUGGUGAAGGAGGACUCAUCUGGCCACAUCAGCCUCCUCCACUGUUCAGUACUCCACAGCCCGUGCUCCUGCACCACUGGACUCGCACAUGUGCAUCUCCGGCUGUGAUGAGCGGCUUGAACAGUCCUGGAUUAAACUGGCUGCUUACGUCCCGGGUGAAAUUGGCAGUCAACUGAUCUGCAGUUGCUGCCAGCUUUGUCUUGCAUUGUGAAUUAAUGCGUAGAUACCAGGAAACUGGAGUGAGCACUUCCUGUGACAGGAUGUCCUUCUUUUAGAGAUCACCCUGUCACCUUGGACACCUUUGCUAUUGAACCAUCAACAGCUCCCAAUAAUCACCCUUCCUUCAAAGUCACCAAGUCCACUUGCAGCCAUGAUACCCCUAAGAAUUGGCACAUGAGCCUAAGCAUGCUGGGACAUUAGCUUAGUUAACGCAGGACUCCCAUCUGUGUGGAAACCCUUGCUUUGUCAAUAAACCAGGUGUCCCUAAUUUACUCAGGUAUUACCAUUUUUUCAUCCUCUGUCUCCUAUGUGCUGGUUCAGGCUGAGCCAGACGAUCACAAAUAGUAGGCUUAAUGCACAAAUGGAAGAAAUGUCAGAACAGACCAUGCGAAAAGACAAUUUCUAAUGCAAGAAAUUGUAAAGGGUUAAUAAAGUGAUGUUAUUAUUAUUAUUACACCUGUGAUAUAGAGACUUAGAUUUUGCCCCCUCUAAUGAAUCUGUCUGCUGAAAUUGUCCUAAAAACGUAAAGUUUGCAAAUGACAGGAGGCCAUGUGACCCAUCUAGCUCAUUGGGUUUUUCCCGUACUUGUCCUGCUGAUAAUUCUGACAUCACAGUCCAGAGAACAACUAUGGCAUCAGAGCACCAGGUAUAAUGACUAGCAUUGCAGGAAAGUGGGAACUGAUUUUGAAAAGGAAACCUCCACGAUUGGUGUACCUGGCUGCCGGAGUUGUUGCAGUACUUAGACUUCAAGUUACUGGUUCACUUCUCUCUGUCUAGAAACAGUAAAUGUCUAGGAUUUACUGAAAUUAAAAAUGGAAAAAAGCAGUUUAUGCUUUGGUUUGUGUCAUUGUUUCCUGGACCAUGAAAAGGGUCUUAAAACACAUAUAGAAGCCCACAAGGCACAAACAAGAUUAGUGGAGUACAGCCCACAUUCCCCAUUAAAAACAGACACUUUUAAAAUAUUUUUUUUUUGUUUCCUUUCCUUUUUUAUUGCACAUCUCUCCUUUAAACUGAAACUGGUUUCCAUGAAUGUGUCCAAGCCUCUGUUUCUGGCAGCAGGGAACUGGCAGAAAGUGUUACCAGCAGUUGCACGAAUGGAAAGGAAUUAUUCUCAGAUAAUUCUCUUAUUCUCAGUGCUACAGGAUCAAAGAGGAGCUGACAAGUGAAACAUUUGUUUCUAUAUAAAAGAUCAGUUAAAUCACUGGUGAGAAGUCAAAGUCCCUCUGUCAGACCGACUGUACCUACAGUAGUUCAACUCCCAUCUUGUCUUAUACUGUGACCUUAGAUUGAAGGGUCUUGGGCUCCGAACUGGGUGUCAGAACGAAUCACUGUUGAGAAUAACUGUUGUCUGUUGGGACUUUAGUAUAGCAGGUACUCUGCUGUUUCACCACAUCCGAUUGUUAAUUAUUCCUUCAGAUAUCCUUCACUAGGCGUUCAUGAAGGACCAAGAGACUCUGAUGAUGAGCUCUCUCUCUCUCAAAGUGCUUUAUUGUGGUUCCUGUUGCAUCAGGACACAGUGACGAAUGUCUAAUCUAGUGCCAAACAAAAUUCUAACAAUCUAUUUCAUGAAGUCAGCAAAGCAAGGCCAAACAACACAGCACAGAGUAAUUUAAAAUUCAAGUACAGGAAACUUGUACAUUUCUGUUAGUUUCAGAACAUCUCAUCCAUCCGACUCCCCCCAAAAAGUAUUUAGACAGAUUAAAACCGCCAAUCCAGGUGUAAGCAAGUAAAAAAGUCCCAAGACGCUCCAGUUUAAUGUAAUCACUUCUGUGCUUAGCGGUUUCAUCUUUCCUUUGCCCUGUUCCUUCACUGACAGUUUUGUAGAAGAACGACUCUGUUACAGCUACAGGUUUGGGGGUGAAGGUAGCCACACUCUCGUCUUGACUGUCAUUGAUAAGAACUGAUGUUUACACAGGGGGGAAAGACAGGCAUCUUAACUAUCAAUAUAUUCGUCAAUUCCAGAUUCUGUGGCUUUCCUUGUAACAAACAAAUGCUUCAUUUUGUUUUUGUUUUGUCCAGUGUUGUAUAAAAAAAAUAUGUCUGUGUCAUAAGAGCCCUUUCUCAGUCUACAGUUUUAGUUUUUAUGAAAGAUGCUCUUCUUGUGUUCCAGUCUCAUCUGCUUGUGUCAAAACCUGUACAGUGCUAGAAAAUGACUUAUUUUAUACCAUCUUCAUUACCUGUCUCUCGAGCUCUGUAAUUCAAUGCCAGUCUUGCUCCUCAAAUUGUUUUAGACUGGUUGGUCUACAGCAACAUAAAGUGUUUUUAUUCUAAGUCAAAAUGGGAACAUUUGCAAGUUACACACUCUACUCCUGCAAUGGGCCAUUCAGCAUUGUGCAACGCUGAAAAACUUCCCCCACGUUCCCUGACAAAGUGCUCCCAGCUCUUUUGCAAGAAUUUCAGCUUUGGGCAGACAAAUGACAUCUGCCCUCAGAUCCAAAUAUGUUACAUCUGCAUGCCUCAGAAGAAUGAAGAUGGUAUAAGAAGUCCUUUAAAAUGUACUUACUGAGUGUAUUUUUUGAAAAAAUAUUAUCACCUGCAGAAUAAUCUAGCACUACUGUGUGGAAGUGACUAAGAUUAAUACUCCUGCCAGGAGGUUCAAGACAGACCUCGUGCAUGAAAUUGCCCUUGAAUCGGAAAGAAACUAGAGGUAAUAUUAAACAAGAGAGAUCAAUGUUUUUUCCUAAUUGCCUCAGCUUAAACAGCACGUCCUGCUGUUCCAGAAUGCCUUAGCCUAAAUUUCCACGCAUACUAAACACCUGGGAGUAGUUAAAGUUUUACAACAGCUUAGGUGUCCCUGUUAAUUAACCAGCACCCCUCUCCGAGCAGCUAGGCCAGGCAGCGGUGUUUGUGUUCUUUCUCCAUCAGUUACUUCAUAACAGUAGUAUAUCAAUUGUGCAAAUACUGGAAGUGUAUGUUUUCAGACUCAAGGAGCUCUUCUUUAGUGUAUUUUUGUCAUUCUUCAGGUAUAAACUGUGUCAGGUAAGGUAUUGAAGCAUUCAUUGCCUGUUAGCAGUUUUAAUAUUGAUUUAGGGGGCAACUUCAAACACGCGGUCUGGUCCAGGCAGGACCUGGAUUGAAAACAGUGUGCAGGACCCAGGCAGGAGUCCCAGCACGACAGGCUGAGCUGCAGGGGAUACACCAGAGGGUCUAGAUCUCGUGUUUCAAAUAGAAACAAAAUAACAUAUACACUGUAUGUAAAGUUUUAAUCACAUAGCUUCUUUCACACAGCUGUAUCCAUAUUUUAUCUUUCAAAAAUUCAGUGUGUAACCUUGGCUUGUAACCUGACCAUCUCUCAGAAAGCAUCAGUAUUACAUUUAAACCAGCCGUACUGCUAUGCUUUUUAAAAUCAAGAACGUCAGAAUAAACCUCAUUGUUUCAUCACAAAAGAAGCUGCACUAUAAAUGAUGUAAAUUCCUGCUGGGUCAAUGUGACUGUAGUGUUGGGGUUUCCAGCAAUCCUCCAGAGCACAGCUGUCACUCACCAUGCUGGGGCCCCUCCAGUCCAUGUCCUCAGGACUUUGAGAAAGCUCAUCGCGGUCCAGCUCUUCAUCAAUUGGAAGGUCCUGGCUGGAGCAAAGUUCUGUCGUGGAGCAGGGGGAACGGCCACAGGUCUGAUGAGGUGGCUGUGCCCUGGGGUGUUGCUGGGAAGAAUGAAGUCUGACGACAUUCAUGAACGUUGUUCAGGAGCCCCACACUGUCUACUGUAUAGCAAAUGAUUCCAUGUGUAAAGAAACUCUCAGAUUCUUACUAUUGUUCUAAUUUAUUUAUUUAUUCAGAAGAGGUUUAUUCGAGAUGGAGAUUUUUUUCCUAAUGAAUUGUUUCAGGCAAGGCUACAUAAUUCGGAGUCCUUUAUCUAAAUCGGCUCUGCGGUCUCCUGUGGCAGGGCUGCUGUUUGAAAGGCAGACCGCAGGAGUACGCAGGCAAAGUCAUCUUCAGGUGUUUUCUCAAAUAAAACUGCAAUUCAAACUU